AUGAGUUCGCCGGCCCUGCCGCUGCUCCACAGACAGUACCCGAAUGCCCAGCGGCAAUUUCUGUAUACCCCGAACUACCUGCCGCAGCAUCUACCAGCGGCUCCUCCAUCUUCGUCAUCGUCGCCGUCGUCAUUGUCAGCACCAGCAGUAGCACCUCCAAUGCGACCUUUAUCGGCGCAGCUUGCCCAACCAGGAAGACCGAUGCAGACUGCAUACCCGACAUACUACGUUGUCACCCCGGCUGCCGCCCCAUCCAUACCCAUGCCCGGUGCCUCGCCCGUGACGGCAUACCAGUUCCCGCAGGGUAUGCAGCAGGAAAACGUACCGAUACCCCAGACCACGCAUACAAACACAAACCCAAAUACCCAUCGAGGCCCCGGCUACUUUUACCCGCCACAAAUGCAUAGCUACUUGCCUCCGCCCAACCCUCUCCCUCCCGUCUUGCCCCUACACCAUGCAUACAGCCAGCCCAUCCAUCCGCACGUUCCACCCCCGUUCCAGCCAAGAAUGGCCCCGGUACAUCUACAGCUACAACGACGUCCACACUCCGACCCGUUUAUAAAAUCCUCUUCGCAUUCGCAGAUGUUUCAGGAGCAGCCACCAAAGGCGAACUCCUUUGCUUCCCCACUGGUAGGACCUGGUGCACAACAGAUGCCAUUGCAGCCGCAGCUGAUGCAUAGGGGAGGGUCCAGCGGAGAAAUGCCGUUACCGCUGCAAAGCACGGCAACUGGGGGCAGAGAUGGGUCCAGAGAGAACAAGUCGAGCAGUGCAGGGAGCACAGGCGGGUCUAGAAUGGACGACAUCAGAUGGGCGCCAAAGAAAACGUCGAAAUCAUGGAGCAAGAGAGAGGACAAGCUCCUGCUGUCAUUGAAGGAGAUCGACCGACUGAACUGGUGCCAGAUAGCAAGCCACUUCUCCGACCGCACAACCAACGGGUGCCAGUUCCGAUGGCGGCGAUUGAUGAGCAAGGGAAAGGCUGGCCGCGGAGGGAAGGGACCGCAGCACGAGGAGCACGAGGAGCCCGAGGAGCACGGUGUGGACAAAAACGUGAAGGAAUAA